GAGAAAACAGAGUCCCGCUUCAGGCUGCGGGUCCAGCUCUUCUCUUCGCUCGUCAUCUGCGAACAAGAGGAAGUGAACAGGAACAAUAACAGCCGACACACCGGAGACCACAAACAGGGCAGACAGCAGUGUUAUCUGUGACGGCAGCGAUGGAGGAGUAUAACUCUGGAGAGGAGGUCAGCUUUAAUCCCGAUGAGAUCAGUGUCUCGGUAAAAGAGUGCGUUGAAGGCGUCAUCGGUGGAACAGAUUAUAACCAGAGUAAAGUCAACCAGUGGACGGCCAGUAUAGUGGAGCAUUCACUCACUCACCUGGUGAAACAAGGGCGGGCGUUCAAAUACAUAGUGAACUGUACGAUCAUGCAGAAGAGCGGCGCUGGGCUCCACACAGCCAACUCCUGCUACUGGGACACAGCCACUGAUGACUUUCAUUAAAACUGAAACGUCCCUGUCGACAGGGAGCGCUCCUAAAGAAGUUUCUGGGACUGCUUCACCCACGACCAAGGUUCAUGGAGAAGAGGAUAAGUUAAAGGCUCAGUUUCCCACACAUGGAUUAAGCCUAAUCUUAGAAAACUUUUAUUAUGAUUGCCAUUGAAAGAAGUUUUUAGUCAAGGACUAGGCUUAAAUAGACUGGAGAGACUGAUCUUUUAUUCUUUUCUCUAUGUAGCUUAGAAGUUGGAGAAGUUGUGCCAGAAACCUCCUUUCUGUUUUUUGUUUUCAAAUGUUAGAAUAAAUCACAUUUUCUUGCUAUAAUGCAGAAUCUCCAUUUAACCUAACAUACACAGAAGCUGGAGAACCCACACAGGCUCAGAGAGCGCCCAGAGAGGGGGUGAAUUCAAACCCAGGACCUCCUUGCUAUAAGGCAACAGUGCUAACCACCACACCACUGUACUGCCAACUUGGAGCUAUAAUUGUGGAAAUAACAAUAAUAAUAGUUAAUAUCCGUGUUUGCAUUUUACAUAUGACACUGAUGUUACAUUUUGGAUUAAACCGGGUUAAUUAAUUUAUGAGAGGUGGGUUGUAACACCCCCCAACACUCAGACCAGAUUUGCCUCCCUUAUGUUGAUGCAUGGUGCCAUGGUUGUUGGUCAGUUUUUUUGAUCUAUUGAAUAACUUGCCCACAAAACUGGUUUAUAAAUGGAAUCAUAAAAACAUGUAUUUCAUGUAUGAUUUGGAGUAAUUUCCUCUGCUUGUCUGUGGGUUUUCAGGGAGCUGUACUGUCAGGUGGGAGAACCGCACCAUGUACUGUGUGGUCAGUGUGUUUGCUGUAGCUGUGGCGCUGUGACAGCCCUGCGCCCACCUCUCCAUCUUCGAACACUGUCAUGUCUCAAACUUUGCUUGAAUGACACUGAAGAUCCUCUGAUUAUAUACCCUCUGAUAGACGCUGACCUACAAGUAUCUAUUUCUCCCUGCAGGCAGGAACAACAAUUUUGGUUUGUGAGUUGGCAGCCUGUGAAUACGUGCAGGUCUGACAGUGACAAAAUGUUGUUUGGUCUGGACUGGAGUCAUGAUCUGCAAACAGACCUGUUUGGAAAGUACUUUUCAAACAUGCUCAGGUGUUUUCUUUGGCCCAGAAGUACCACAUGUUGACUGUAUUUUUUUUUUCCCAUUGUGUAAAAACAGAUGACUGCUCUUUGUGUGCAGCAGGAAGUUUACAUUUGUGUUUUUGACUGAAAUAUCUGAACAUUCAUUGGAUGGUUUCUUAUUAAAUUUAGCACUGAUAUUCAUCCCUCAGGAAAAACUAUUUUAAUUUUUAAUUUUAAUUGAUGACAUUCCUUCAGUCUCAACUGUGCUUUGUGCUGCUAAUUAGAAAAUGUUAGCAUGUUUGCAACUUUGUCUCCUUCACUAUGUUCCCUUAAUAGAAACUGAACUACGACUAUAAGAAGCUUUGUAUGUUAGAGAAGCUCUGUUUAAGUAAUCACUACAGUAUACUGUAUUCCUACUAGUCUAUAUUAAUAUUUUAAUAAGUUAUUGAAAUGUUUAGACAAAACAACAGUGUUUUUCCUGUGAUGCAUUUAAUGGUCAGUCCCUGUAACCAGGAUUUUUUUUCUUUUUCUUUUUUUUUUUUUUUAAAGAUCUUCUGUAUUACUGUUGAGUUCAAGACUGUCUUUGUUGAAUUUUGUCCAAUAAAGUCUUUAAAGAUGUUC